CGUACGGCAAGCGGGAGGGACAAACUGUCUUUACUGUUCGGUGUCUGGUUUCCAGGUUAGCGUUUUGUUAGGGAAAGGGUGUGCCCGUUAGAAGAAGCGAAAUCAAUCAACUGGACCAUGUCGGCCUUCGAGAAGCCUCAGAUCAUCGCCCAUAUCCAGAAAGGCCUCAACUACACGGUGUUUGACUGUAAGUGGGUGCCCUGCAGCGCCAAAUUUGUGACCAUGGGCAACUUCGCCCGGGGCACCGGCGUCAUUCAGCUGUACGAGAUCCAGCACGGGGACCUAAAGCUGCUUCGGGAGAUCGAAAAGGCCAAACCCAUUAAAUGUGGAACAUUUGGUGCAACAUCUUUACAGCAGAGAUACUUAGCUACUGGAGAUUUUGCUGGAAACCUUCAUAUAUGGAAUUUGGAAGCUCCAGAGAUCCCAGUCUAUUCUGUAAAGGGCCAUAAGGAAAUUAUAAAUACUAUAGAUGGUGUAGGUGGACUGGGAAUUGGGGAAGGAGCGCCUGAAAUUGUGACUGGCAGCCGAGAUGGAACCGUGAAGGUGUGGGACCCGAGGCAAAAAGAUGAUCCUGUUGCUAAUAUGGAACCUGUACAAGGAGAAAACAGGAGAGACUGCUGGACCGUGGCAUUUGGCAAUGCUUAUAAUCAGGAGGAACGUGUUGUCUGUGCUGGCUAUGACAACGGAGAUAUCAAACUGUUUGAUCUCAGAAGUAUGUCAUUGCGGUGGGAGACAAACAUAAAAAAUGGGGUAUGUAGCUUGGAGUUUGACAGAAAAGACAUAAGCAUGAAUAAGUUAGUGGCUACGUCCCUGGAAGGAAAGUUUCACGUUUUUGACAUGAGAACACAGCACCCAACCAAAGGCUUCGCUUCUGUUUCAGAAAAGGCUCACAAGUCGACCGUGUGGCAGGUCCGGCACCUGCCGCAGAACAGGGAGCUUUUCCUGACAGCCGGGGGCGCCGGCGGCCUGCACCUCUGGAAGUAUGAAUACCCGAUUCAGCGGUCAAAGAAAGAUUCCGAGGGUGUAGAGAUGGGAGUUGCGGGUUCAGUCAGCCUUCUGCAGAAUGUUACGUUGUCCACUCAGCCCAUCUCAAGUUUGGACUGGAGUCCAGACAAGAGGGGUCUCUGCAUCUGUAGUUCAUUCGAUCAAAUGGUAAGAGUGCUGAUUGUUACAAAACUCCAGAAAAUUUGACCUAAAGACUUUGGACUGGAAACCUUCCAGAGGAACACUCACAGAAUUUGGAAUAUGUUCUGGGGUCCUCUGAACAAAGGACUGGAUUUGAUUGGUGAGUGAGGUCCUCUGGACUCUCACUGAACAAAGCUGGAUUUGAUUGAUGGAAAAGGCCCCAGAUGCAGACCUCCAGGCCAGCCUUUCUCUGGGUGGGAAAGGCCAAGCUAUGUGUCCGGGGACCUGACUGGCCACUGGUUUGCGCCUCGGUCUCCAGCUCCAACACUGUUCCUCUCUCCUCUAUCUCUAAGUAAAAGUUGAAACUUUUCUAUAUUUAAACAUUUAAAAUUUUCAGCAUCCUGUGUUCCUUAUUCUGUAAUAACACUUCUGUUGCAUUUUGGUAUUUGCAAUGUUGUGGUAGUGACUUCAGUUGGUUUAAAAUAGUUUGCCUUGGUAAAACCUCUGUGAAUUAACCUUCAUAAAUAAAUACACUUUUGAGA